AUGGAAGUUGAGGAAGAGCAGAAUCCGUCUCGGUUGACCACCAUUAUGCCGGAAGUCUCCGACCGAAUCCAGGCGUUACAAGACUGGACCAUGGUGCACGAGCACGAAAUGUCAAACCUCGCUCGCGAAACCACCGACCAACUCUCGACAUUGCGUACCUCAAAUGUUGACGAUGACAACAGACUUGGCGAUUUGGCGCGUCGCCUGUCGACCAGCGAGGACCUCAUGUCGGACUCGAAUACCCAACUCCAAGAGCUUGUUGCAGAUCUCUCGACCGAGAAGGGUUUCUUCCAGGACCGAAUCCAGCUGCUCGAAACACGAAUUGAUCAGCAACAACUCAACUUUGCCUCCCGACUCGGCAAACUCAAAUCAAAAGCCUCAUCUGCGGACACUGCUCCAUCCAUACCAGCAGCAAGCCCCCAGCUUGAACAACCUGACGACCCUCCAACCUUUAUUGCUGAACUUAAAGGCGUCAAGGACGCAGUACUGGCCUCCGAACAUUCAAAAUCGUUUGGAAUUGCCGUGAAAUACACCUCAGUCCCCACGUCCGACGAACAAGCCCAAUGCGAAUUCUUCAUCAAGCAACUCCUGGACCAAGCGACUCGUUGUCAACUCAACAAUGAAGAACGCGAGUUGCUCCUGGGGCUCAAACUCAGCGCUGACAAGGCCCACCCUAAUCUGAACAAAUGGUGGAUUUCCUACUCCAAGACCAAGAACGGUGAUGUCUGGACCGAAAUCUUGGCCGGUUUUAUGGACCAACGAAUGCUAUUGCCGCACGACGCGCGAGAUGGUCGAUCAUCAGUUUGA